GGUGUGGCCCAUAUCUAGGGAAGGAUUGUCAUGCGGAUUCGGACAGCGAUUUUCGGAGGUAUAAAUUGACCCAGCCGAAACAUGAAAAAGACACACUUGAUCGCCAAGUAUCAGCCCAGCAGCAACUCUCCUCAUCCUCAACAUGUACAAGUCAAUGCCCCUUUGUUGGGUUUUGGCGACUUUGGCCGCUUGUGUCUUCGCAUGGAGGCCCAGGAUCUGGAAGCUGCUGAGCAAUUCUACCACAUCCAUGGUGUCUAUUACCCAGCCUGGUCCGUCGCUGUUCCAGCUGCCGUUCCACCUGCUUAUGCUGUGGGUGGUCAAUUGGCCUCUUUUUCGCCCGAUCCCGAUCCCGAGGCCACCACCAAUAAAGCCGCUGCUCCCGAUUCGUCUGGUAGCGACAAGAAAGACCAGCCUCAGCACGACACCACCAGCAAGAAGGACGUCCGUUUGCCGCGGACCGUCCUGCCUAUUCACUAUGAUGUCCGACUCUUCCCCGUCUUGGAGAAAGGCAACUUUUCCAUUCUGGGUCAAGUGUCUAUCGACCUGCAAUGCCAAAUGGAAACGGACUGCAUAGUCCUCCACAGUGCUGACAUUGUCGUCGAUCCGCAAUCCGUCAAGGUGAUUGAACAGGGAAAACCAGCUGGAAAAACCCUGACGGUUGCUAGCGACGGGAUCCAUUAUGAAACGGAUAUGGAGUUUCUCAUCAUUCGUCUCAAAGAUAAGGACAAGCUGACCAAAGGCGCCAACUACACGUUGUCGAUGAAUUUCGUUGGCAACCUGACCGAUCAGCUGCGGGGCUUGUACCGUUCCACUUAUAAGGAGGAUGGAGUUGAAAAGUCCAUGGCCGUGUCUCAAAUGGAGCCGACGGAUGCCCGCAGAGCUUUCCCGUGCUUCGACGAACCCAACAUGAAGGCAACUUUCACCGUCACUUUGGGUCGUCAUCGCGAUAUGACUGCUCUUUCCAACAUGCCGCUGAUCAAGACAACACAAAUGGAAGGCAUGGAAGAAUUUUAUUGGGACCAUUUCGCUCCUUCGGUCCCCAUGUCGACUUACCUGGUCGCCUUCAUUGUGGCCAAUUUUACGCAAGUCGAGGCCGACGUCGGCAACGCAACGUGGAAGUUCAACAUUUACGCACGCCCUUCGGCUCGCAACCAAACCCAAUACGCGAGCGAAAUUGGGCCGAAAAUUCAAACUUUCUUUGAAGACUAUUUCCAGAUUCCGUUUCCGUUGCCCAAGCAGGAUAUGAUUGCCAUUCCCGACUUUGCUUCAGGUGCCAUGGAAAAUUGGGGAUUGAUUACUUACAGAGAAACUGCGCUGCUGUACGAUGAAAAGAAAUCGUCGGUUACCAACAAAGAAAGAGUGUGCGAGGUAAUCGCCCACGAAUUGGCUCAUCAGUGGUUCGGAAAUCUCGUCACAAUGGACUGGUGGACGGACUUGUGGUUGAACGAGGGUUUUGCAAGCUACGCAGAGUACCUCGGCGCCCAACAUGUCGAACCAGGGCUGAAAUGGCUGCAGCAGUUCGUGACUAGCGAACUGCAGAACGUGAUGAGCUUGGACGCCCUUGAAUCAAGUCACCCCAUCAGCGUCGUCGUUCACCAUCCGAAUGAAAUCCACGAAAUUUUCGACCGCAUUUCUUAUGGAAAAGGUGCCACCAUCAUCCGGAUGUUGGCCGCUUUCCUCGGUGAAAAAACCUUCAGACAAGGACUUUCAAACUAUUUAAAAUCACGCCAAUACGGUAACGCCGUUCAAGAUGAUCUUUGGGACGCGCUAACUAAACAAGCGAAAGUCGACAAGGUCCCACUGCCCACCGACGUGAAACAAAUCAUGGACACCUGGACUUUAAAGAUGGGUUUCCCGGUCGUCACGGUGACUCGAGAAUACGAAAACAAUUCCGUUUUCCUUAGCCAGGAACGCUUCUUGAUGCAACGCUCCAACGCCAGCAGCCAGGACAAAACGGUUUACCUUUGGUGGGUACCACUGACCUACACAACAGACUUCCAGACGUUAGGAUCCACCUGGUUAGCUGACGGACAGACUAGCAAGAAACACGAACUGAGCAUUCCAGCCGAUAAAAAUCAAUGGGUCAUUUUCAACGUUGACCAGACGGGUUAUUAUCGCAUCAACUAUGAUUCGAAAAAUUGGCAGAUGAUUGGCCAGCAGCUGAUGACCAACCACUUGGCCAUUUCCGCCAUCAACCGAGCUCAAAUUAUGGACGAUUCACUUAAUUUGGCCGAAGCCGGCCUGCUGGAUUACGAAACUGCGCUGAACUUGACGCGUUACCUGGAACACGAAGCUGAUUACGUUCCGUGGGAUGCCGCCCUAGCGGGCAUGAAUUACAUUUCCUCAAUGAUGUCUCGCACUUCCGGAUACGGGUUGCUGAAGAAACAUUUCCGCACAAUCAUCAUGCCGCUGUACAACCUGGUGGGGUUCGACCAAAAGGUCGGCGAGGAUCUUCUGUUGACCAAAUUGCGUACCAAGGCCGUUUCGUGGGCUUGUUCCAUAGGCAACAAGGACUGCAUCAGUCGCGCUGUCAAUUCCUACGCUCAGUGGAUGGCCGAUCCUGAGAAUCAGUGUUGGAAGCGUUCCAACACUGCUGAGAAUAUUGAUAUUAUUUCACCUAACCUGAAAGGCACUGUGACGUGCACAGCCAUAGCGGAAGGCGACGAAGUUGAAUGGGAAUUCGCUUUGAACCGCUACAUGGCCAGCAACGUGGCCAGCGAACGAGACGUUCUUCUUACUUCCAUGUCGUGUUCAGAAAAGCCCUGGAUUUUAGCCAAGAUGUUGGAGAUGAGUCUCAACCCGACCUCAGGAAUCCGAAAACAAGACGCUGGUCGCGUAAUCAGCCAAGUUUCUUCCAAUUCACUGGGUCGCUACAUGACUUUCAACUUCAUUCGUGAAAAGUGGACGGACUUGCGUAAAGUGGUUCCGACCAAUUUCUUUUCUUACAUUAUCAAAGCAGUGGCGAAGUCGUUCAACACCGAACUUGAACUGAAAGAAUUUAUUCAGUUCCGGGAGGACAGGAGUGAAGAGCUUAGUGGUGCGGAACGAGCUACUCAACAGGCGAUCGACCGGGCCAAGAACAAUCUCAACUGGAUGAGACAAAAUUACCAGAAGGUGGUGGACUGGCUUCAACGCGUCUACUAGAGUCGGCAACAGCACACAAAUCCUGAUAUUUAUCUGCAGUAGAAAUCUCCUCACUCUUUGCUUUUCUUCUUUUGGUUCCCCGCUACAUUUCACACCCCAACUAAUGAUGACAAACCACAUUACUGGAUGAUUUUCAGAGAUGAUUCCUUUUGGAAACUCUUAAGGAAAUCAGGAAUUCCCUUUGGUUAAUUACACUUCGUCAAUUAAACAUCAA